AUGGCGCCAGCUACACGUGGCGAAGUUUAUGUCAUGGUAAAUGGACAACAAGCGGGAUUUGGAGGUUCAUGGUCUCGCAAAGGUUUUAAUGUUUAUGUAUCCGAUAUUACAUCAGAAUUUAACCUAACAUUCUCUGUCGAAGAUUCAUCUGAACAAGAUAAAUAUCGUGGACCAUUCAAGAAUAACAAGGAUUAUGAAUGGAAAUUCUCUGGUAGUCUAGAUAUUUGGCAUAUAGAACAACUAGCCUAUUGUUUAUAUAAUUAUGAUUAA